UUAUUUGUUGUUUGUCACAAUGUUCCGAUACCAAAAAGAUGAACAAAGUUUUGAAAUUGUAACCGGUAAUGAAACAAACUUAUCAACAAUCUAACAUUGGUCUAACAAACUCAACAAGAGUAAAGGAAAAAGAAACCUAUACCCUUGGAGAUAACCAAAACUCAACCCACCUAAGAGCUUUGAAUAGGAAAACCUUCACCUUGAACUUGAUGACAAAUUCGUCUUUAUCACCACAGUCAAAGAAACACAAUAACAAUAGACUCUAAUUACACGUGGCACGAUACCAAAGGAUUAUCCAAAGCGAUUGCACCAUAAGCGCAUAACACAGAGCCAAAACCUCUUGAUUUCGUUAGUUUAAAGAAGAUCCGUUGAAACCAACAGAGAGUCUCCAUCAAGCUCUCGAAAAUCCCCAUUCAAUGGCUUCCCAAUCACAGGCUUCUUCUCUUGCCUCCCGAAUAUGCUCCGAUAUUGCUUCCAUCUUCUCCAAACCCACCCAACCCCACGCGCCGCCGCUGGACCUCUUGGUCUCCGAGCUCUCCUCUGCCGCAGCACGGAAGGCCCGGGUGUUCCUUUACGGCGUCGGCCGUGAGGGCCUAAUGCUAAAAGCCCUCUGUAUGCGGCUUGCUCAUCUUGGCCUCUCGUCGCACCAGGUUUUUGACAUGAACGCGCCCCCAAUCGCCGCUCCUGACCUCCUAAUUGCGUCGGCCGGCCCCGGUGGAUUUUCGACCGUGGAUGCGAUUUGCUCCGUGGCCAGAUCCAACGGCGGUAGAGUUUUGCUUCUAACGGCCCAGCCGGAGAACGGCUCGUCUGUGAAGUACGCCGAUGUGAUUUGCUACGUUCCGGCUCAGACCAUGGCGGACGAUGAGGAAUCGGCGGCCAAAUGUCGACCUCUGCUUCCGAUGGGGAGUUUGUAUGAAGGAGCUCUGUUUGUUUUGUUUGAGAUGGUGGUGUAUCGGUUGGGUGAGGUGUUGGGAGAGAGCCCUGAGGCCGUCCGAUCACGCCACACCAAUCUUGAAUGAAUGGAUCAGAUUCAGCCAGAGCGUGGUUGGAUUUUUGCUCUAAAUUUAAAUAAAGAAUUGUUUUGUUAUAUA